AUGGAACCGAGGAGGCUGGAGCGGUUAGUGUUUCUGCUCUGCUGCUGUGCGGCCAUCACAUGCUGUCUGCACGCGGGAGCUCAGGCCCAACCCACUCUACGACAACAAUCCGAAGGCUCGCCCCACAAUGGAGCAGUGGGCAGGGUGUUGUCGGAGACGGCGAAUCGGUCGCAUAGCGACCUUUCGAGAAGAACGAGAAGAAUCGAUCCUCUUGAUGGCUUGAGGAAGUAUGAGGGAGGGUUCAACAUCACAGACAAGCAUUACUGGAGUUCGACCGUAUUUACAGGUAGAUCUGGAUACAUCAUUGGUGCAUUAUGGCUUAUUGGUGGCAUCAUUUUUGCGGGCUUCCUUCUUGCCUCGAAGAUUUUCUUCGCCAAAAGUAACGAAAGAGAAAGAGACGGUGCCAUCGAUGAUUUUCUUGACAGAUGCCAUCUUGUGUCUGUCAUGCUUAUCAUUCUUCUUGCAGUUUUUGCCAUAGUUGCAUCGGCAAUCGCGCUUCAGGGCGCUGUACGAUUUCAUUCUAGAGCAGAGUCCAUCAAAGAUAUCGUGGGGAGAACAGCGCUUGAAGCAACGGCAACGAUUUACAACAUCACAGGAGCCAUUGAGAGGAUGCAGAAUAUAUCUAAGCUAUACAACAUUAGUAGCCAAUCCUUUGAUCAUCUGAACUCCACAGUAAAGGCACUGAACUCUGAAGCCGUGGAAAUUCAGGCGAAGGCCGAAAAGAACAUGCGCUUGGUGAUAAUUUUCAGAGAACUUGUCAUCAUUUUAACCGUGACGCUGAAUCUUGUCGUGGUCCUUGUCUUGCUAGUGGGAAGACCUCUGAGGCUACAGAAGUUGUACUACAUGUGCAUAGCCUUGUGCUGGGUACUGACAGUCCUCUUCUGGAUGUACUUCGGGCUGUACUACUUCCUCGACAAGUUCGCCGGCGACACGUGCGCGGCCCUCGAGGAGUACCAGCUGAACCCCAAGAACAGCACGCUGGGCGCCAUCAUACCCUGCAGCGAGAAGAUGUCCGGCAGCGUCAUCCUGCACGAUGUUGGUGCAGGCAUACAUGACAUCAUAGACCAGGUGAAUUCGAACAUUUACGCCAUCAAGUCGGAGUACACCGUGAAGCAGCUGGACUACAUCUGCAACCCGUUCGCCGCGCCGCCGGCGUACCGGUACCGGCCGGAGAACUGCCCUUCCGGCGCAGCCACCAUUGGUGACAUCCCUCAGAUCCUGAGGAGGCUGACGUGCUCGGAGUUGGGCGGUGGCGCCAACUGCGCGCCGGCCGAGCUCUCGUCGGCGAUCGACUACGACAAGGUGCAGACGUACACGAGCUCCAUCCAGAACGUGCUGGACAUCUUCCCGGGCACGGAGCGGCUGGUACAAUCCAGGCCAUCGAUGGUCGCCGUCGGGCUUUCUUCUGGGCAGGACAGGAUACGAUCUCUGGGGGUCAGUGUAAAGUUGCGUGGGAUGCGGUACCUGACCGGAGAAUCAGCAGGCUCGAAGGUGAAAAUGUCUGAAUCAGUAAAUCUGAAUGUUUACUACGGCGCUGGUAAUGUUCGAUAUAAUGAGUUGGGGGUUGAUCUUAGCGAGUUUAAAAAUGGCGUCACGACACUAGCAGACCCGGACAGACUGGACAUUAGACAGUUGAAGUAUUGGUUGACAACUAGUUUCGGGCUGGAUCCUGAAGAGGAGAAUACUGUACAACUCCACAGGAGGCAUGAACCCGGCCAAGGCAGUGAAGUGGCUAACGAGAUUGUUUUAUCCGGGUCACAACCACAAGAUGUGGAUGCUAGCCAACCCGAGAAAGAGUCGGACAACGUGCCACACAAUGUUUGUGGUCCUGAUACUGGGCAGAGUAGCCGAUCGAUAAUAUUAGCUGGUUCUGGUUUUGCUGAUGGGGAUGAGGAAGGGGAUGAAAUGCAGAGGGUGAUGGAGGAAGAGGACGAGGAUGGAUUAGUGUAG